AUGUCUGAGAGAGGGAUCAAGAGCGAUGUUUCACUCUACAAGAUUCUCAUCAGCAAGCUCUGUGCGAUUGGGGAAACAAGAAAGGCUCUAGAUUUGCAUCGGAGGAUGAUUCUUGCUACAGAUUGCAAAGGGAAUGUGACCACUUACUGCUCUAUAAUCAGUUCCUUUGUUAGAAGCAAAUCAAUCGACGAAGCGGUCGCAGUGUUAAUGGAAAUGACGUCGAACGGAGUUUCGCCGAAUGUUUACGUUUAUGAAAUGGUUAUUCAUGGACUGUGUACCUCAGGGAGGUUGGAGGAGGCGAGGAAGUAUGUUGAUGAGAUGGUUUCUCGAAAGAUCUCUCCUGGUCUGUUCGUUUACAACUCUUUGAUCAACGGUUUAUGCAAAGAAGAACUGUGGGAAGAUGUUGCAGAGAUGAUGAAAGAAAUGGUGAGGAAAGGAGUGUCACCGGAUGUUUGCACUUACAACACUCUGAUUGGUCGUCUCUGCAAAGCAGAGAAGCUGAACGAAGCGAUUGCUGUGUAUGACUCGAUGCUUAACCGAGGUGUGGAGCCGGAUUUGCAGACGUAUAACACGCUCUUGGACGGUUUAUCAACAGGGUCCAGGCUUGAAGACGCGGCGAAGUUGUUUGAAUUGAUGAGGAAUGGCGGCGAGAUUGAGCUUAGUGUGGUCACUUACACUAUAAUGAUAAGUGGGUAUUGCAAGCAUGGAGAGCUUGAGGAAGCUAUGGAGCUUCUCAGAGAGAUGGAAUGUAAAGGGUUGGAGCCGGAUAGUUAUACAUACACGACGCUGAUAUGCGGUGCGAGCCAGGGAGGGAACUGUGACGUUGCUCAAGAGAUCUUUGACGCAAGUGGUCGUGCUUCCAAGGCAAACGUGAUCCAGUUCAGUGCUCUCAUCGAUGGUCUGAUGAAGAGUGGGAGAUCAGAAGAUGCAAAGAGACUCUUUGAUGAGAUCUCUGAGAAAGGUUUGGUGCCUGACACCAUUACUUACAAUAUCAUGAUCCGUGGGUAUACUAAGCAUGGGAAGCUAGAGGAAGCCAUUGAGCUUAUAAGACGCAUGAAACGUGAAGGUCUGAAGCCAAACAGUUACACAUACACUUCACUGAUACACGCUUCUUGCCGAGCUGGAGAUUCAGCUACUGCACAAGAGAUCUUCAAUGCAAUAAGCAAGUGUGGUCAGUCUCCUGAUAUAUUUCAGUUCAAUGCUCUCAUCAAUGGUCUGAUCAAGAAUGGGAAACUGGGUGAAGCAAAGAGACUCUUUGAUGAGAUCCAGGACAUGGGACUUGUGGCGGAUAUGGUAACGUACAACAUUAUCAUCGACGCUCUCUGCAAACAUGACAUGAUAUCAGAAGCCAGAGCGUUGUUCUACGAGUUGGAGCCAAACGGUUAUUCGCCUGAUCCUGUUUUGUUCAACACUCUUGUAUACGGCAUCCUUCGGUUAAGCAAGGUGAAAGAUGCAGUCCCGCUUCUUAAGAGCAUGCUCGAGAGGAAAUUCACCCUGCAAGAUGGUGUCAAACGCAGACUGCGUCGAUUUCUUGCUUGUAAAGCUCUAAAGCCUCUUAUAAAGACUUACGGGAAGAGCGUUUUCGAGUGA